GUGGCGUGUGUGUGGUAUGUGCGUCAGAACAGAAUAAAAAUCACAAAAUUCAACAAAAAAGUGAUUUAAAAGUGCAAAAUUCCAUUACUAAACAAACUAAAACAACCACAAAAUAUUUCUAUUACAUCCUAGUUCUAUUAAUGUGUCGAUCAGUGCCCCCCGCAUGCGGCAGAAUGGACAAGAUUUUUUGGUGAUUACUAUUUUGAAUUCAAGACCGUUUCAGUGAGUCGCCAACACCAAAAUGGCAGAGAUAGCUCUGGCCGCCGACAACGCCUUCAGCACCCCUGCCAACAUCGUCAAAGAGGGAUUCCUCUACAAAAGAGGCGAACACAUCAGGAACUGGAGAUCGAGAUACUUCAUUCUGUUUGACGAUGGAAACCUGGUCGGAUUCAAAAACAGGCCUGUCUCGAAUUGUCUGGGUGAGCCCCUUAAUAAAUUCACGGUCAAGGGGUGUCAGAUCAUGUCCCAGGACAGACCGAAGCCCUACACAUUCGUGAUAAGGGGCCUGCAGUGGACGCAGGUCAUUGAGAGGACAUUCCAUGUGGAGAGCGAUGUGGAACGCCAAGGUUGGAUGGAAGCAAUUCGUUAUGUUUCAAAUCGUCUGGCAAAUUCUGAGGAUUCACAAAGUCUGAAUGAUGAUGUCGAUAUGGCAGCUGAGGUUGCUGAAGAUGAGUUAUCGGCCAAAUUUUCGUUGCAGGGUACAUCAACAGGCAAAUUCAGUGGAAAGAAGAAAGUUACUUUGGAGAAUUUUGAGUUCCUGAAAGUUUUAGGCAAAGGCACCUUUGGUAAAGUAAUUCUGUGCAGAGAAAAAGCAACACAGCAUUUGUACGCCAUCAAAAUUCUCAAGAAAGAAGUCAUCAUACAAAAAGAUGAAGUAGAGCACACUUUAACAGAGAAUAGAGUGCUGAGGACGACAAAACACCCAUUUUUAAUUUCUUUGAAAUAUUCUUUCCAAACUCCUAAUCGAUUGUGUUUUGUUAUGGAGUAUGUAAACGGUGGUGAAUUAUUCUUUCAUCUGAGUAGAGAUAGAAUCUUUUCUGAAGAGAGGACGAGGUUCUAUGGAGCUGAAAUUAUAUCAGCCCUUGGAUAUCUACAUUCUCAGGGUAUCAUUUAUAGAGAUCUGAAACUGGAAAACCUUCUCCUGGACAAAGACGGUCAUAUCAAAAUUGCAGAUUUCGGUCUUUGCAAGGAGGACAUAACUUAUGGGCGGACGACAAAGACGUUUUGUGGAACACCCGAAUAUUUAGCACCAGAAGUGCUGGAAGACAAUGAUUACGGCAGGGCCGUAGAUUGGUGGGGUGUCGGUGUGGUCAUGUACGAAAUGAUGUGCGGCAGGUUACCGUUCUACAACAGAGACCACGAUGUCCUAUUCACCUUAAUCUUAGUCGAAGAAGUCAAAUUUCCCAGGACAAUCUCGCCUGAGGCCAAGAGCGUCCUGUCAGGUUUAUUAGCCAAAAAUCCUGCUGCUCGUUUAGGAGGAGGAGAGAACGAUGUCAGGGACAUUAUGGCCCAUCCUUUCUUCAGCUCCAUCAAUUGGACUGAACUCGAACAGAAACAAAUUAUGCCCCCCUUCAAGCCCCAAGUGACCUCAGACACUGAUACGAGGUACUUUGAUUCUGAGUUUACGGGAGAGAGUGUGGAACUGACACCUCCUGAACAACCGGGACCCCUUGGGGCUAUUCAGGAGGAACCCUAUUUUCAACAGCUGCCGGAAAGCCCGGAAAGUCAAUCGUCUCGUUUGCCCGGCAUCACGGAGCACGUUUUAGCAUCCCACGAUUUUGACCCUUCCCAUCCCUUUUCAGCCCUCACCAGGCCUCCUGACCCCCAGCAAACACCUACAGACCCCGAUCAGACCCCAACUGACCCAGAUCAACAGUCCACGUUCCAUAGAGAAAAAGGCGGCGAGAGCGAUAGUGGUGGUUCGCCUGUGGCUACUUUCCAAAGUUUUCGAGGUAAAGGUAAUAAUGUUCCGACGAGUCCUAGGGAAAGGGUUGUGGUGAGUCCUAGACAAGGUGCUGUUAGUCCUAGUCCGAGACAAGGUACGAUAAGUUUGCGAGAAGGUGCAAUUACUUUGACCGAAGAAGUUGUCAGAGCUGCCAGUCCGAGACCUUGCGAUGAUGUACGAGACACUAGUAAAAUCACAUUUCAAACUUUUAGACCUGCUAAUAAAUCUCCGCAAAAAGACGUUCCUUUGACGCACCAACAGACUGAAUAUCAAAAUCCACAAAAACUAGCUAGAAACUUGGCUGAAGAAGCAAUAGCAGCAACACACGCCGGUUUGUCACACCAGAUUUGCACUUUUCCUGCAAGAAGCAGCGAGGCUAAGAAAAACUCUACGUCGAAAUCUACAAGUCCUGAAGACUCUACAAGAAAUUUUGAUGUCAUCCAGCAAAAAAUUGCAAAGUCUUUAGCUGAAGAAGCGAUUGCUGCCACACAUGCUGAUACUGAUAUUCCCGAUGAUGGUGUUCAACAGAAACUAGCAAAAUCUUUAGCAGAAGAAGCAAUAAAAGCAGCUUUCAAUAAAAAUAAAGCAACCGAAGACAUUAUUUCUGGUGAUCCUGAGAAGUCGCCACUCCUGACUCACCAUAGACCACCUUUGGCAACUCAGGGUGCUGUCAGUUUGGCACCAAGAAUCGAUAUUUCUAGAGCCAGCAGUUCUUCAAGGGAACACGACAGCAAGGACAGUGGUACCGAAGCUGAAUUGGAGGAAAAUAUUGAUGACUACACGAUUGCUGGACCAAAAAGCGAAUCCAAAAGCAAAGCAUAA